GGCAGAAGAGUUUACUUUACAAGAGGCUUUAUUUUUCUGGUGCAAAAGAAGACACUUAUCCACAAUGAAGAUUGCCCUGUAUCUGAUUGGUGCUGCUUGGAUGGUUUAUGUUAUAGUGGAUGCUGGUAAAGGAAAAGCCCAUAAUAACAAAGGAAGUCACAAGUCAAGUCAUGACGAAGGUCACAAACUACCUUGUACGGACGACGAAGUUAAAGCAACAAUGUGUUUGAAUGGAACGUGUUUCGCCUUGGAGCCUGGGCCGGGCGUCAGGUCCAUAGGUUGUCAUUGUGAUAAAGGAUUUACAGGUUCCAGAUGCCAGUAUCAAGCAGUAGACCCGGACCUCCUGGAGACAGAACCUGGAAAUUAACAACCUCCCCUAGAGAUUAAAAAAAAUUCUUGAACAACUCCGCAGAUUUAGUACUAGCGAGUUGAAAAGGAAUGCGAAAUUGUGAAAAAUUUGAGCGAAAACUGAAAUAAAU